AUGAGUGACCUCAUGGAAUCUGGUGGUGAUGACGAGGGAUCAGAGAGUAAUAGUAGUAGCGGUGGUGGUGUAAGCAGUAAUGUAAAUAGAUCUGAUAAGUCUCAGUCGUACAACGACAAUGUUGAAAGAACUGCCAGUCAACCUAUGGGUGUUCCAUCCUCUGGCAACAAACGUUCAUUGUCUAUGUCUUCUUAUGGCUCUUCUUAUUCUAACCACCACCGUAAUAAUAUUGAAAUGUCACCCUCUAUUGAUGAACUCUGCGAUACUGCCGCUAGUUCGUUAUCAUCCUUAUCUUUGAAUGGCCCUCCAGGUCCUGGUGCCAAUCGUGUGAUUGUCAUUGGCGCUGGUAUCUCUGGUUUGCGUGCCGCUUCUGUCCUCAAACGUCAUGGCGUUGAUGUUGUUAUCCUAGAAGCUCGUCAUGAUCGUAUUGGUGGACGUAUGUUCACUAGUAGACAACCUGGUAAACCUCCUCGUGAAAUUGGUGCUGCUUGGAUGCACGAAACUGUGCAGAACAAGCUGGUUAGUUUGAUCUCGAAAUUGGGAAUAAACUAUUACUAUGAUGAUGGUGCUCCUCUCUACUAUACCCCCUGGGGCCCUGCUUCUUCUCAGUUCAAGGCUAAAAAGGUCUGUGAAGAGUGGGUUGAUUAUGCUGAAUGGUUAUAUACAACCAAUCCAGAUACACCCGACCGUCCUGCCCAGGAAUUUAUCCGAGAAUAUGUCAGGGAUCAUGAACUUUUGAGCAAAGAAGAAAGAAGAUGGGCUCCCCAAGCUUUGCGUGAGGUGGAAUUAUGGAUUUCUAUUAAUUCUGAUAUCGCUUCAUCUAAGCACCUCUCUUAUUAUGUCCAAGAACGUAACUUAUACGUUACUGGUGGCUACGACACCAUUGUGAACUAUUACUCCAAACCCCUUUUGAGGGACGGUCAAAUCCUUCUCGGUGUCGAAGUACAAGAUGUGAAUACUGAAGACGACGGUAAAGUAACUGUCAGUGCUAUCCAAAACGGUCAAACAUUCCGCUUUGAUGCAGAUGCUGUCAUCGUCACUGUUCCUCUUGGUGUAUUGAAAGAGCGCAUGAUCUCGUUUACUCCACCAAUGCCUCAAACCUUUGAUGAAGCUCUUGAUAGGUAUUCAUACGGUGCGUUGGGAAAGAUCUUCUUCGAAUUUGAUGACGUCUUUUGGCCCAAGGAGCGUGACCAAAUUGUGUUCUAUCCAUCUCCUGAUGACAUGCUCAAUAAAGAGCACCCUGUAUUAAAUAACGCCUUUGUUAUUAAUAACUUAUACGUGGUUGCUGGCGGCCUCAAAGAACUUUGCAUUCAAACUGCUGACCCACUUACAAGAGAACUUGAAGCUAUGACUGAUGAAGAAAUUUACAGUUUCUUCGAACCGUUGUUUAAAGUGAUUCGUACCGAGCCUUAUAAGGACCUUCCAAACCUUGUUAGUUUGGAAAUAACCCAGUGGACCAAAGAUAAGUACGCUGGUUUUGGUACUUAUAGUGCCGCCAAGGUUGGCGAUGAACCGGAUUUGUUUAUGGACUUCCUAGACCAGAACCAUGACUCUCGGAUCCAGUUUGCUGGAGAGCACUGUUCUAUGCUCGGGAAUGGAUGUGUUCAUGGAGCCUUUGGAAGUGGUGAGAUUGCCGCCAAGAAUUUACUUAGUCAAUUCCACAUUUCAUACGACGGUGACAACUCGGUAGCCUCUUCUCCUUAA